UCAACUCGCUCUCGCGGUCCUUUAACGUCAUACGCCGAUCAGUCUGCGCAUCACCGCACGAAGUCAAAACCACCAAAAAGACUGUAUCGUGACCAAUCUGCCGUCACGCCAGAGAUUUUAGGUUACUACUCAUGGAUGUUACAGGCACUGUGUGAAAAUAUACUGGCUCGCGGUGAUAAGAAACGGCUAACUUACAACCAAAAGGAAGACUCGUCUUUUUCGAAACAAAAUGGAGGGUUCUGAAGAAGCCAAUAUCUGUGAGAGCGUCUUAGAUUUGUCCCGUUUGAAUCUGAACGACUUGAGCACGGACACGGUUAGCGAGAAACGACGGAAAGACACGAAACAACUGUAUCUGUGUUAUAACAGGAUCACGGUGCUACGGGACUCCAUAUGUUCAUUCUCUAGCCUGGAGUUUCUGGACAUCAGCAACAACACGCUGUCUGUCAUCUGUGAGGAUAUAACCCGACUGACCAAACUUAAAACAUUCAUAGCCAAGAACAAUCGCUUAAAUGAGUUUUCUCUGCCGAAAGACUUUGGCUCUCUGCAGCUGGAGGUGUUAAAUUUAAGCGGAAACAGGUUUGAGGAGAUGCCGAGCCAGUGUUUGCAACUGCAACGACUUCAGUCUCUGUCAAUGGGGGGAAACCGACUGAAAACCAUCCCAGUUGAGAUAGAUAAUCUAACAAGCUUAGAGCUGUUAUAUUUGGGUGGUAACCAGAUCUCCUCCAUCCCUGUUGAACUCUCCAACUUGCCGUGCCUCGGUUACCUGGUUCUGUGUGAUAAUCGGAUCCAGAGCGUCCCUCCUCAACUGACCAGACUCCAUUCCCUGCGCUCUCUUAGUCUGCACAAUAACUUGCUGACAUAUCUACCAAGAGAGAUCCUGAGCCUGGUGCAGCUUCAGGAGCUCAGUCUCCGUGGCAAUCCCUUGGUCGUGCGCUUUGUGAAGGAUAUGACCUACGACCCUCCAUCACUACUAGAGCUCGCUGGUCGAACCGUUAAAAGCAGGAAUCUUUCAUACUCGCAUUAUGACCUCCCAAACCACCUGGUCUAUUACCUGGACAUGGCCAGCAAGUGCCCAAAUCCCAAAUGUGCAGGUGUUUACUUCGACUCGUGUGUUCGUCAUAUCAAGUUUGUAGAUUUCUGUGGCAAGUAUCGCUUGCCCCUCAUGCACUACCUGUGCUCUCCAGAAUGCACCUCACCCUGCAACUCCAACCCUCAGAGCGACGCCGACUCGGACGAUGACAACAGUGUGGCUGCUGAUCGGCUCCAAAGAGUUCUGCUUGGAUAACCUCGCUCAUCCUUCGCUGAUCUCUUUCCCUCUUUUCCUCAGAACAUUAUCAGCAAGGACAUUUAACUUUACAACCUCUCAACUGAAGCCAAAUCUGUUUUCCAAGUGAGUGAUCAAGUGAAAUACAGUGACAUUCUGGCAAAGACAUCUGCAGAAAGUUUCUAAAUAUUUACGGCUUUGCUUUAAAAAGGCAAUAUAAAGAAAAUAACACUGGUAGUUCACAAUAGUUGUUUUAUUGAAUAGUUAUAUUAACUAUAUCAAAGAUGACUUGGUCAGCUGUUUAUCUCCUCCACUUUUGGAAUACAUAGAGGAAGUAGUUGAGUUUGCUUUGUCUCUCAUAGGAGUGAUAGUUAAUUAAAUACAUCAAAUGUUUUAUGUAACGCACAAAUAUUUACUGUGAAUUAAGGAUAAAAUAAACCUUGAGAGCCCUA